GAUGGUAGACGGACGGGUGGAUGCCAUCAGUUUCAGCACCUUCUAAUGGCUGGCGGUUACAUUGUUUCGGUGGAGGCUUUGAACAUGCCGCAGCGAUUUCGAUUUCCGUUGGCUGAAAAUCGCGCUCCAUCGCCUCCUGACAACCGCAUCCACGGGCGCAUCGAAUCAUUGAUUGUGUCGAAUUCGGCUCCAGACCCUCGGAGACCAUCGGAACCCUCGGGAGCACCCGCGACUAUGGAAACCGGGGCGUGGGAGACGGAGCUUUUGAUUGGAAAACGUCGGCGGCGCCGUCGGGUCGCCGCGCCCUCUGGCGCCUCGAUUAGGCGCGCAGCAAUUUCCACAGUGUUUUCCACAUUUUCAGAGGAGCACCGAUAAAAUUGGCGCUUGAAUCUG